ACUCGUGAGAUUUUGGAAAGCAUCUCAGACAAGGUCGCAAUGUUGUUAUUCAAGAAGUGAAUUGAUUUAGCUGUUUAUUUAAGAUGCCGCUGCAGGAUCUCCUUGCGGGCGAGUGCGGCGGGGCAAAUCCCUUCUCGCGGGUUGCCUCUCACUUCGUGAAGGACCACGGCUACAGGGACCAGGUCCUGCGCGGCUCCGUCCACCAUGGGGACUCCAUCGCGUCUCCCAGCUCUGAGGAGCUGCUGCAGCAGUUCCUGGACGAGACACAGGCCCGCCCGCAGACCUUCCACAUGGGCUCGCUGCUGCAGGAGAUACGCGAGGUGGGGUCGGCGCCCCCCGUCCCGGGCCCCGGCGUGUUCGAGCUGGCGGCCCAGGAGGCGCCCCACCUCGUGCCCCGGGACGUGCUGUGGGCCGCCGAGUUCGCCCGCUUCCCGGUCGCGGAGAGCAGCGGGCGGCCCGUGUCGGCGGACGAGGGACCAGAGAUGGAGCUGCCCGCCCUGCAGUGCAACGAGAGCUGGCUGCACGAUUUCAUCGCCGAGUCAGACGCUCCUCCGGAAGGCGUGCAGCUGGCGGAGGAGCGCGCGGCUCAGGAGGACGGCGCGCGGGAGGUUGAGCGUGCCACGGACGACCAGCAGUUCCAGUACUCGGAGUUCAUGAGGUUCAUGCAGCAAGUGGGCGACGGAGACGUGUCCGCCGAAGCGGGCCGAGUGGUCGAGAAGAACCUGCUGGAACCCGACCUGGAGCGAGCGUGGUCGGAGCUCGCUCCGCCCGUCACGGACACUUCCCCUCCCGACAAAGACGUGCUGCAGAGCUGGGAGCAGUCCUUCUACAAGUCGCUGCUGCAGGACUCGACCCAGCUGGACGGCUCCCUGGACCACGCCUGGCCGGAGGAGUUCACCCAGGUCCUGGAUCCCUUCUCUACGUACCAGUUCCAGCAGGACAACCCCAUGACGGGGCUGGCGGACGCGCUGGCCGAGGGCAAGAGGAAGCUGGAGGCUGGGGACGUGCCCAGCGCCGUGCUGUGCUUCGAGGCGGCCGUGCAGCGCGACGAGGCGUGCGCGGAGGCGUGGCUGCUGCUCGGCACGUCGCAGGCCGAGAACGAGCAGGACUGCGCUGCCAUACCGGCCCUGAAGAAGUGCCUGGAGCUGGAGCCGGGCAACCUGCCGGCGCUGCUCACGCUUGCCACCUGCUACACCAACGAGGGCUGCCAACUGCAGGCCUGCCAGGCCCUCAAGUCGUGGCUGCAGCAGAACCCGCGGUACUCCGGCCUGGUCCCGGAGCAUCUGCGCGUGAAGGACCACACCGUGCCCAGCGUGCUGGCCACGUACUUCUCCAGCUCGCUGAGGUGUCGUUUCAGAGACGUGUGCAGGGAGCUGCAGGGCUUGUUCGUGGACGCGGCGCGGCAGAACCCCGUCGGCACCAUCGACCCGGACGUGCAGAGCGGCCUGGGCGUGCUCUUCAACCUCAGCAACGAGUACGACAAGGCCGUGGACUGCUUCCGCGCGGCCCUGCAAGUCAGGCGAGACGACUUCAGGCUGUGGAACCGGCUGGGGGCGACGCUGGCCAACGGCAACCGCUCGGAGGAGGCGGUGGAGGCGUACCACCACGCCCUGCGGCUGUCCCCGGGCUUCAUCCGGGCCCGCUACAACCUGGGCAUCUCCUGCGUCAACCUGGCCGCCUACAGGGAGGCGGCGGAGCACCUGCUGACGGCCCUGAACCAGCAGGCGGCCGGCGUGGACGCAGAGGGCCGGGCCGGCGCCCGGAGCAUGUCCGCCACCAUCUGGACCACCCUGCGGCUCGUCACGGCCCUGCUGGACCGCCGGCACCUCUACCCCGCCGUGGACGCCAGAGACUUGGCUGUUCUUAAUAAGGAGUUUGGGAUAUAACAUCUCCAGAAAAGGUUUCGAAUUAUUUGAUAAUGUUUUGUUGGUGCUUACAAGUCUAUUUUUACGUGUUUUUUAUGUGCAAGUUGUUAACUGAUGUAACAGCAUGUUAUAAAAACUUUUUUAUACUGACGAAUGGUAGUAAAGUAAGGCUGUGUUAUUAAUGUAGCUGGGAGAAAUUAUUUGUGAAAAUUGUAACUUUUGGGUAUUCUACUUGUGCUAACAUAUACAGCAAGUAGUUCAUAUAUUUUACAUACUUUUGUGUUGUUAAUUUGUUCUCACUAUUGGUUUGAUUAAAAUGCAGUAGUAAUUUGUA